AUGCUUCUCGUUAUCUCGCUGGCGCUGCUAUCGCAAUCCGCGUCGGCGUUCUUGUUCGGAUGCUGCGCUCCUCAAGUUCAGACUUCAUGUUGUGGCGGCACCAGUUGGGCGUAUGCGCCACCACAAAUUAUUGGAUAUGAACGAAUCCCAUUGUACGCCAAGGUGCCAGUUCCGCAACCAGCAUAUCCAAAUCCACCUCCACCACCACCACUACCACCAAUGCCAAUCUACACACCACCACCAACGACCUUGGCGCCUACGACAACAUCGUCUCGUCCAAGAAUCGUAUUUGUUUCAUUCUCACCGCCUAACUCCUAUGGUGCUCCACCUCCACUUGUCAUGUCUCAGCCGGCUGCUCCAGAGCCCGUUGUGGUCUCACAGCCAUCCUAUUCGGCGCCUCCACCGCCUCCGAUAGUGAUGUCACAGCCAGCAAUUCUAGGCGGACCUCCACAACCGAUAGUGGUCUCAUCGCGACCCGCCAUCGCCACAAUGAUACCGCUUCAAAAAUCGGGCAACGCCUUCGCAAACGAGCAAGACGCGAUCGUUCAAGCACCGCCAUCGUAUGGUUACGCGUCGGCACCACAACAGCCAAUGCAAAUUCUGCAAAAUGCCUAUCAGCAGCAGCAGGAGAUCGGACAGGUCGAAAAUGGUGUUGAAGUAUCGUUGAAUCAGGCUGAAUCGGCAAGCUAUGGCGCUGAUAAUAGUGUGGCAGGACCAUCACAAUACUCGAGAGCUCAAGCACAAGAAGUUGCGCAAACGGAAGUCCAGGGCGCUUACGACGCCAUCGGCAGUGCUCCGAGUGCGCGAAGACUGCGAAUGUUCAAAAACUAG